UAUACCACGUCAUCGUACUACGUCACAUUCUUUUCAUCCUUGAGCUGCAUUGAGGAAGGUGCGUAGAAAUUCAGACAAUUUAAAAUUGAACUUUUUCCUUGUGAUAAUGCAUAUUCUUAAACUAUACUUCAAAAUAAAAUUCAUGAAUACUUUGCCUUCUAUAAUACCGCUAUUUCAUGGAUCGUUGGCACUUGAGAUUAAAGAUAUUUUACGAUUUAAAAAGCGAAUGAGUCGGAACUGGGGAACAUAGGCCUACAUGGCGGAUGGGCCCACGUGAAUUUUUUAUCGCAAUGAUAUUCAUUGGAUAGUUUUUUUUGUUAGUAGAUCUACUAUUUAAAUUUUAAAUUUAAAAGUAAAUAAAUAAAUUAUUAGUAGAUCUACUAUUUAAAAUUUUAAAUUAAAAAAUCAAGCAAUAUCUAGUCUAAUUUCUAACGGAAUCGACAGUGCUUUUAGUCUCCGGCACUGUCACAGGUUUAUGAAAUGAUGAUGAAUUGUUGCUGUUGUUGAUGAUGCUGAUGGUGAUGUGAAGGAGGACGUUUGUGUAAUCAUAUUAUUUGACGUUGUUCUGCAUGUGGAUUAUGUCAACGAGGAUUAUGAUGAUGAUGAUGAUGAUGAUGAUGAUGGUCGUUAUCACAUUUUUCAGAGUUGCUGAUGAUGAUAAUGGUUAAUUCCAAUAAAAGUAAUAUGAAUUGUUAUUAAUUGUGAUGAUGAUUUGAAGGAAGAUGUUGUUAUAAUCUAUUGAUAUGUUAUUAUUGCUGCUGCUGAACUUGAUGAUGAUGAUGAUAAUGUUGAUCGAUAUUACAUAGAUCUAUUAGAACAAAUUUGUUAAAGAGUUGAUGUUGAUGAUGAUAAGGGUUAAUAUGAAGGAGGACGUUUUUUGUAAUCAUAUUAUUUGACGUUGUUCUGCAAUAGGAUUAUGUCAACGAGGUUGAUGAUGAUGAUGAUGAUGAUGGUCGUUAUCACAUAUUUCAGAGUUGUUGAUGAUGAUAAUGGUUAAUUCCAAUAAAAGUAAUACGAAUUGUUAUUAAUUGUGAUGAUGAUUUGAAGGAAGAUGUUGUUAUAAUCGUAUUGAUAUGUUAUUGCUGCUGCUGAACUUGAUGAUGAUGAUGAUGAUAAUGUUGAUCGAUAUUACAUAGAUCUAUUAAAACAAAUUUGUUUAAGAGUUGAUGUCGAUGAUGAUAAGGGUUAAUUCUAGUCACAGAAAUCUUAAACCUUUUAGUGAAAAGUAGCCAGCUCAUCGGAAGUCAAGGUGGUAAUGGGUUUCAGAUUCUACUAAUACGGUAUACAAACGCCAAUGGAAGUAAGAGGCACCCAAUAUGAUCGUACGGCUGAUGACUGGCUUAUGUUGUUUUGUUUUGUUUUAAAGAUGAUGUUGAUGAUAAUGUUGUUUUUGAGGAUUAUGAUGAGAGGCUUAUUUGUUUAAAUUAGUUAACUUUUGCAAUACUGUACUGCAAAUUAAACUGUAAUAUGAUCGGAAUAUUGACGACUGGCUUAUGGAAUUUUAAGAGAUGAUGUUGAACGAUGAUGAUGGUGAUGAUGAUGAUUUGUUUAUGUUGAUGGACUUACUUGUAACAAUUGCUCGUUUAUUGCAAUAAAUCUACUUCAAUUUAUAUUCAUAAAAUCAUGAUAUUUGUAGAAACUUAAUAAUUUUUUUUUAAUCUUUUUACGUCAUUUUGGCGUUAGAUAAAAUGAAACGUCGUGAAAGACUGGAGAAGCGGGCCGGAGAGUUGGGUUUAACGGACAAAAGAAAGAGGCGGGACGAGCCUCCACUGGUGAUUCCCCAUCAAGAUAAUGAGGUGGAGAAUCAGAGGCAGGACGAGGCUCCUCCAUUGGUGAUUCCCCAACAAGAUCCUCCAUUGGUGAUUCCCCAACAAGAUAACGAAGUGCAGCAACUCGUGCAAAAUGAUGUGGGUGGUGACUGUCUGCAAAAAGGAACUGACGACUGUAGCCCAGAGUGCAUCCAUAAAAACCAGGAAAGGACUACAGGAUCGAGGUACGGCUCCAGCAGGACGGUGGAAAUCCAAAACCUCAGCAUUAAGCGGAAUCCCGGCAUGACCCCGUUUAUGUUAGCGGCCAGCGAACUUCGGACGUAUAACUUUACCUCUUGCAUGUGAUAUAAGCCUCUGUUUCCCAGGGCCAAAUUUACAAUAACUAACAUGAUUCAAAUCCUCUAUGGUCCGAACGAUUGGAACUAAUUGUUGCUGUUGUUGUUUAAACAAUGCCAAUGUGGGGCGUUAUUGUGACUUUAAUGAACUCAUAGUUGCCGGGAUACCCUAAAUGGUCGUUUGUAAUGACUGAGUAUCUCGAAUUGUUGUUGAAAAUUUAAAAUUGUGAAAAGUGAAAUAUUGUGCUCGUUGAGUGAAACUUGGGACGUUGACAGUGCGGAAAAAUUGAUAAAUAUUGACAUUUUUUUAAAAACUAUGGAGCCGCGCCCAGAAAUUGCCAUUCUUAAAGUUCAGUAAUAAAAUUGUGUA